GACUUAGGGACGGCCUCACCUGGAGCUUUUGCUGAAAAGGAGCCUUUACCCCAAAUUUUACACCAAAGCCUUUCCUCCUUGGGGGCUGCUCUGUCCUGUUCUUUAUCCCUUUACAAGGAGGGCCCUGUUGCUGUGCUGGAGAACCCCACUCUGAGCUUGAAAUCUAUGCAACAUUUCUUCAUAAUCUGCAUUUUCCAUGAAUUUUUUUUAAGAUCCUGUUCCUCCUUCUAGCCUGGAAAAAAUGACAGAUCUUGUAGCUGUUUGGGAUGUUGCUUUAAGUGAUGGAAUCCACAAGAUUGAAUUUGAACAUGGCACCACAUCAGGCAAACGAGUAGUGUAUGUAGAUGGGAAGGAAGAGAUAAGAAAAGAAUGGAUGUUCAAAUUAGUGGGCAAAGAAACCUUCUGUGUUGGAGCUGCAAAGACAAAAGCAACCAUAAAUAUAGAUGCUGUCAGUGGUUUUGCUUAUGAGUAUACUCUGGAAAUUAAUGGGAAAAGUCUCAAGAAGUAUAUGGAGAACAGAUCAAAAACCACCCACACGUGGGUGCUACACUUGGAUGGUGAGGACUGUAGAGUUGUUUUGGAAAAAGACACUAUGGAUGUGUGGUGCAAUGGUAAAAAAAUGGAGACAGCAGGAGAAUUUGUGGACGAUGGGACUGAGACACACUUCAGCUUCGGCAACCAUGACUGUUACAUAAAGGCGGUGAGCAGUGGGAAGCGGAAGGAAGGGAUUAUUCACACGCUCAUCGUGGACAACAGAGAAAUCCCUGAGACUCCCGAGUGACUUCACGUUCACGACUUUCAAUCUGCAGAAGUAAAGAUCAGGGCUUUUUAAUGACUGGUAAUGAAAUGUGGUCAAUAAGUACUUACUAGUACAUUUAGUCUGCAGUGUUUAUUUUUUAGUUACUUGAAACUGUAAUGUUCCAAGGAUCAGAAAAAAAGUAUGUACAAUCAAAAUAAUAAUUUGUUUUAUAAAUAAUGUAAACUCUUUUAAAGCCAAAAGGAAAAGAAGAUAUAGGCGAAAAUCAUCAAUGUUUUA